GCAAAAAAAUAUACCCCGGACUUACACUGUUCUCUUCGGCCGAGUGUAAACUAUUAAGCAUUGUUUCUGCGGCCCUUUUACGUUGCGUGUUGGAUCGUGUUCGUCCCCGGAUUUGCCCCCUCCGUGUUGUGCAUUUUGUCAUCACUGCUUUAGGAACGAGACUUCAAAUGUGCCUGCAAAGCAAGUUCCGUUCCUGGUCUUGAUUUUUAUACCAGCUUCGGAACUUCCAUCCAUCCAAACGAGGGACAUCCAAACGAGGGGCCCCGAUGGCUCUGCGCACACCAUCCCCUGAACCGGCCCAGCCCGGGUCGAUGAAGCCGAAAGAAAACAUCCCUAAUCCUCUCUCUGGUGAGAAAAGCACAGGAUCGGAUGACAGCCCGGUCGAAACUGACUCGCCUGAAGAGGCCGAGUUUAAGGAAGGGGGUUAUGGCUGGGUGGUUGUCUUCUCAGUCCUGCUCGUUAAUGCCCAUACUUGGGGUCUGAAUUCUUCAUAUGCCGUCUUCCUCGCGUAUUACUUACGGUCUGGCACCAUCGACGGUUCAUCCCCGCUGGGUUUCGCCUUUGUAGGCGGGCUGUCCAUCUCUAUCUCCUUGUUGGUGUCCCCGGUAGCUACCUGGUGCAUUGGCCGGUUUGGAACCGCCACAACCUUACGAAUUGGCGUUGUACUCGAGGCCAUAUCCUUUAUUGGUGCUUCGUUCUCCACCCAUAUAUGGCACCUCCUCCUCAGCCAGGGCGUGUGCUUUGGCCUGGGGUUGGGUUUCUGCUUCACAUCCACGGUCGGUGUCGUCCCACAAUGGUUCACCAAACGACGCUCGUUCGCGAACUCUGUAGCCACCUGCGGCUCUGGCUUUGGCGGGCUCACAUACGCCCUGGGCACGAAUGCCAUGAUCUCCAACCUCGGUCUGGCUUGGGCGUUUCGUAUCUUGGCCAUUUUGGCCUUUGUGGUGAACGGCGCAUGCAGCUUGGUCCUGCGUGACAGGAAUAAGGCGGUCGGUGCCGUUCACAUAGCCUUCCACAAGGACCUCUUCAAGCGCCUAGAGUUCUGGCUGUUUGUCGGCUGGGGAUUCUUCAGCCUCUUAGGCUAUGUCAUCGUUGUUUUCUCCAUCACCGACUAUGCCCAGUCGGUGGGCUUUACUGCAAGCCAGGGAUCACUCGCCGCAUCCAUCUUCAACUUGUCCCAAGGCAUUGGAAGACCCGUUAUUGGCCUGGUUAGUGACCGGUUCGGGAGGAUCAAUGUUGCCGGUAUCGGGACUCUGAUUGCCGGCAUUACCGCCUUUUUCCUGUGGAUCUUUGCUGGGAGCCAUUUCCCGGGGCUCAUCGUGUAUGUGCUCUUUGGUGGCUUCGCAGGCGUCAUAUGGCCCUGCGUUGCCCCCGUUGGAGCUGAAGUUGUCGGUUUGCAGCUAUUGCCUUCUGCGUUGUCAAUUUAUUGGCUUGUUCUAGUUCUACCCGCAACAUUUGCCGAAGUAAUUGCUCUCAGCCUCAAGACCUCAGGCGUUGGCGCCUACCUCAACGUUCAAAUCUUUACCGGGUCCAUGUAUAUUGCCUCGUUUGCCUUUGUGUGGUUAUUGAGAAGCUGGAAAAUACAACAGUUGGAACUGUUGGGGCCGGACGAGAAGCAGCAAACGGACGGCAACCAAACCCCUGGCGCUAACGGGGAGGGUUCGAGCGAGCCACGGCACUCUGGGUUACGUGCGUAUUUGCAUGGCAUGACCGUAGUCAAACGGGUUUAGAAUCGGAUCUAGAUAGGCGGGCUUCGCACCGUUCAUUAUUUUCCACUACACACAAGUCACGAACGAUUGCGCUACUUUGGGUGCCCCUAAUGAUGGGGACCCCGGGAUAUUCACGGCCUACGUCUC